GAACAGGGAUCAAGGGAAGAAUUACGGAUCCAGGCGCUGAACCCACGGCGUCUCGCAAAAGGGAACACAAUUAAUCACGAAUAUCAACGCCUCUCCCUGUUUGAUUUCGAAUACCUGUUAUAAUUCGCCUUGCUUGUUGCGCAGACCAGCGGACCCUCUUUUUUUCCCCGACUACAUGUUGUCGUGUCAUCAGGCUGAAUUGCUGUGGCUUGGGUAUGGGACCACAUGCGAUAUUCAAUCCGCCGCUCGACUACACCUUCUCCCAAGAAUGGAAAGAUGACCUCAAACUCAAACACACCCCCUCCCGGCUCAACGAACAACAAUCAUAAUCACCACCACCGCAGCGACAACAACAUGAUGAACGGCUACUUUGGCCAGACCGCCUCUUUCCUGACCUCGGCUGCAGGCUACAUGCGUCUGCCAGCUCUGGCCUCAACAGGCAUUGCGGCUAUCCUCACGUCCCUCCUUUACUUCAAACAAAAGGCGCUCAUUUAUCCUUCUCAUAUGCCGACAAACUCACGAACCGACAUCCCGCGUCCUACACAGUUCGGCAUCAAAGACUUUGAAGAGCUGGUCAUCCCCACCGACGAUGGCGAGAAGCUCUCGGCCUACUACAUUCGCGGCCCCCGUGGCGGCAAGAACUCGGACAUCACAAUCAUCAUGUUCCACGGCAAUGCAGGCAAUAUCGGUCACCGCCUGCCCAUCGCCCGCGUCUUCAUCAACAUGAUUGGUUGCAACGUCUUUAUGCUGGAGUAUCGAGGCUACGGCGCAUCCACCGGCGAACCAGACGAGUCGGGCUUGGGGAUCGAUGCCCAGACCGGACUCAACUACCUGCGCGAGCGAGCGGAAACGAGGCAUCACCGGUUCGUUGUCUACGGCCAGAGCCUUGGUGGAGCCGUCAGCAUCAAGCUAGUGGCCAAGAACCAAGAACGGGGCGACAUUGCGGGUCUGAUUUUGGAGAAUACUUUUCUCUCCAUGCGCAAACUGAUCCCUUCCGUUCUUCCACCUGCCAAAUACUUCACGCUGCUCUGCCACCAGGUCUGGCCCAGCGAGGCAACCUUGCCUUCCAUCACAAAGAUUCCCAUCUUGUUCCUUAGCGGUUUGCAAGAUGAGAUUAUUCCACCUAGUCAUAUGACCCAGCUUUACAAUGUCUCCACCUCCUUCAGCAAGACGUGGAAGACCUUCCCGGGUGGCGAUCACAACUCGAGCGUGCUAGAGGAGGGCUACUUUGAAGCCAUCUCAGAUUUCAUAGCCGACUCCAUAAAUGAUGCUCCCGUCACGGAAACCAAAAGCCAGUUAUAAGACUGUGCCUCGCUGGGUUGACAUGACACAGAGCAGGCAUAUCCUUGUGGAGCGUGGCGAUUUAUAUUGCAUCAAGGGGAGCUCUGUACCAGGGCCCUUGAGCGUUUGAUUUGAUUUUGCAUGCUGGCUCCAUUGAUGGG